UCUGAAACUCACAUGCUGAGCCGGUUGACGCCUUUUUGUGAUUUCACGCCGAGUUUCUGCGAUUUGGAGACUGUUCUUCCACACAAGAGUCCGCCAUGGCGGGGCGAAUGCCUGCGGUAGUUAUAGAUAAUGGAACUGGGUACACAAAAAUGGGGUAUGCCGGCAACACAGAACCUCAGUACAUCAUCCCAUCUUGUAUUGCCAUCAAGGAAUCGGCACGUGUUGGAGACCAAGCCAUCAGGCGGUUAGGAAGAGGCGUGGAGGAUUUAGACUUCUUUAUAGGGGAUGAGGCCAUAGAAAAACCCUCCUACGCAACAAAGUGGCCGAUCCGUCAUGGAGUUGUGGAGGAUUGGGACUUGAUGGAGAGGUUUUGGGAACAAGCUAUAUUCAAAUAUUUAAGGGCAGAGCCUGAAGAUCACUAUUUCUUAUUGACAGAGCCACCUUUGAAUACGCCAGAAAACCGCGAAUAUACAGCAGAAAUCAUGUUUGAGUCUUUCAACGUACCUGGUUUAUACAUCGCUGUUCAGGCUGUGUUGGCUCUGGCGGCAUCAUGGACAUCGCGUCAAGUAGGGGAUAGAACUCUAACUGGCACAGUUAUAGAUUCCGGGGACGGAGUAACUCAUGUCAUUCCUGUGGCCGAGGGCUAUGUGAUAGGUAGCUGUAUCAAACAUAUUCCAAUCGCUGGACGUGACAUCACAUACUUCAUCCAGCAGCUGUUGAGGGAACGUGAGGUGGGGAUUCCCCCAGAACAGUCGCUAGAGACAGCCAAGGCUAUCAAGGAAAGAUUUUGCUAUGUAUGUCCAGACGUUGCCAAAGAGUUUGCCAAAUAUGACCAGGAUCCCACAAAGUGGAUAAAGAGAUUCGAGAGCAUGAACGCCGUCACAAAGCAAGGGUUUGGUGUAGAUGUAGGCUACAAACGCUUCCUCGGACCAGAAAUCUUCUUCCAUCCUGAGUUUGCAAACCCAGACUUUGAGACACCAAUCUCAGAAACAGUGGACAAUGUGAUUCAGAACUGUCCCAUUGAUGUGAGAAGAGGCUUGUACAAGAAUGUUGUCUUGUCUGGAGGAUCUACCAUGUUCAGGGAUUUCAGUAGAAGACUUCAGCGUGACUUGAAACGUGUCGUGGAUGCUCGGUUAAAAGUCAGUGAGGAACUGAGUGGAGGCCGAAUAAAGCCAAAACCCAUUGAGGUACAAGUGAUCUCUCAUCAUAUGCAACGCUACGCUGUCUGGUUUGGUGGCAGUAUGCUCGCCUCAACGCCGGAAUUCUACCAGGUCUGUCACACAAAGGCGGACUAUGAUGAGUACGGAGCCAGUAUCUGCCGUCACAACCCGGUCUUUGGAACCAUGACAUAAACUCCGUUCCUUUGUUGGUUUUAAUGUGGGGUGGUGUUCAUGUCGUGGCGGGAGGACGAAACACGCAGUGGUAAAGAAGAUCAUCGAAACAGGCCAGAGUUGCCGGUAACAACCUCUCCCCUCUACUAGAUGGAAUAGGCUGACCCAAUUCGUAAACUAUGAUCGUACUAAUGAAGCAGUCUAUUUUGAAAGUUGAGGGGUGCCCAGUGCUGGUUUCUGGCUUGCAUUCUUACUAUAAUUAUAUGCCUUAAAAAUAGUAUCUCUUAAACCGAAAGGUAUAACAAAUGUAAUAAAAAAGUGUUUAUCUUUUUAACACCAAGAAAAACUAUUUUCUCAUUAUCAAAGGAUGAAGUUUCUUUUAUUAUUAUUAUUAUUAUUUUUUUUUUUACGCAAAAAUUGUGUAUGUAUGAUUUAUUUCCUCUUUUAUGUUCUGUAGAUUGCUCUAACAAAUUAUUAUUUUGGACAAUAUGUUACUUCAUUGCAUAAACUUUAACACAAUAAAACCAAAAUCCAACCUCAAACUUAUUCUAAAUGUCUCUUCAGGAUUUCUUCGAUUUCUCUUUGUACU